AUGUGUAUUAAAUGCCGCCCCGCCUUGUUGUUCACCAUAAUUACUUUAAGUUUUUUCGUUUUCUAUGUGAAUUCGGAUAUAAAUCUAACAAAUAAUAAAUUGAGCAGUUUAAAUAGUCAUCAUAAAUAUACUGAUAAUUCCUACAAUGCCAAGGACAACAACAACGCAAGCAAUGAUAACAACAACGAUAGCAGCAGCAGCAACAUUGGUGCCGAUAAUAACGACAGUCCCAGCACAGCACCAGAACCUACCCAGAAAUCUCCACCACCUCCGCAUAUUAUUUUUAUUUUAGCUGAUGAUUUGGGUUUUAAUGAUCUCAGCUUUCGCGGCUCAUCACAAAUUCCAACGCCAAACAUUGAUGCUUUAGCAUUUUCAGGCAUAAUAUUAAAUAGAUAUUAUGUAAAUCCCAUAUGUACUCCUUCAAGAUCAGCGCUAAUGACGGGAAAAUAUCCAAUACAUACGGGCAUGCAGCACACCGUACUGUAUGGAGCUGAACCCAGAGGACUGCCAUUAAAUGAAAAAAUAAUGCCUCAAUAUUUCAAUGAUCUCGGCUACUCCUCCCACAUUGCGGGUAAAUGGCAUUUGGGUCAUUAUAAACGUGUCUAUACUCCCCUGUUUCGAGGUUUUUGCACACAUGUGGGCUAUUGGACGGGUCAUCAUGAUUAUUUCGAUCACACCGCCGAGGAAUCUCAGCAAUGGGGUUUGGAUUUAAGAGAUGGUUUGGAGGUAGGCUAUGAUUUGCAUGGCAAGUACACUACCGACUUGGUUACAGAGGAAUCUGUGAGAGUUAUAGCAAAUCAUAAUGCUUCGAGUCCUUUGUUUCUUUAUGUUUCACAUGCUGCUGUACAUUCGGGCAAUCCGUAUAAUCCAUUGCCGGCACCAGAUGAAGCGGUGGCCAAAAUGCAGCAUAUUACGAAUUAUAAUAGGCGAAAGUAUGCGGCCAUGGUUACAAAACUAGAUGAAUCAGUGGGACGCAUCGUGCAAGAAUUGCAAAAGCAACAAAUGCUUAAUGAUUCAAUUAUAAUCUUUAGUACGGAUAAUGGUGGACCAGCAGAGGGUUUUAAUUUGAAUCAUGCUUCUAAUUGGCCUUUAAGGGGAGUUAAGAAUACUUUGUGGGAGGGUGGCAUUAGAGGUGCUGGUUUAAUAUGGUCGCCACGUUUAAAUAAGACCCGCAGAGUGGCUGAUCAAACCAUGCAUAUAGCAGAUUGGAUACCUACGUUAUUGACGGCCAUUAAAGGAGAGUCAGCUGUUGACAAUAUUUCCCAGCAUUUGGAUGGCCUUAGCAUAUGGCAGGCUUUGUCUAAUGAUGAAAUAUCCCCACGCAGAUCUACUUUACAUAAUAUAGAUGAUAUCUGGGGCAGUUCUGCCUUAACAAGAGGCGAUUGGAAAUUGGUUAAGGGCACCAACUACAAAGGAGCCUGGGAUGGUUGGUAUGGUCCGGCUGGUGAUCGUGAUGCCCGCUCUUAUGAUUAUAAGGCGGUACGUAACUGUUUAGCUGGUCGUGCUUUGGCCACUCUUAACAUGUUACCCACCACAGCCGACAUAACACGCAUGCGCACCGAUUCAAAUGUUGAUUGUUCGAUGCGCAUGGCUUAUCUGAAGCAGGGAAAUGUAUGUAAACCUUUGAUGGAACCAUGCCUGUUUAAUGUUAAAGAUGAUCCGUGUGAGAAAUAUAAUUUGGCGAACAAAUAUCCGAAUAUAUUAAAUGCCUUGUUAGAGGAAUUAGGCUAUUACAAUUCAACAGUUGUGCCACCCUCAAAUCUGCCUUUAGAUCCAAGAGCCAAUCCCAGUAGAUGGAAUUACACCUGGACUAAUUUUGGAGAUUAUGAAGAAUAUCGAAAAUCCUAUAUGGUUAUAGGAGACUUUUGAAUUCCUAAGUUAAUUAUUAAAUAAAAUUACAAAUAAACAUCUAUUUUAUAUAAGAAA